UCAGCGGGAGCUGGCCCUGGCUCUCCAGACUUCCCUACCCAGCUCUCCCCUCUCCUGAGUCCCCAGAGCCCUGCUGUCUGCCUUGGUGGCUCUGCUGGCUCACACCCUGGAGGAGAGCAGGCCAUGGGCUGGGUCCUGCUGCUGCUCUGGCUGCCUGCAGUGUCCCUGCAAGCUGCUAACUCAGCCAGAUCCAGCAGAGAACUCUCCUAUGGGGUUAUUCAGCCAAAAAACCUCUCUGCUGCCAUCGGUGGCUCCCUUGAAAUCCCCUUCUCCUUCUACCACCCCUGGACCUUGGCCAGGAAUCCCCAAGUGAAACUGUCCUGGAGACGGAACCACUUCCAUGGGGAAUUUUUCUACAACACAAGUCCACUCUUCACCCAUGAGGAUUUCAGGGACCGGCUCUCCCUGAACUGGACAGAGAACCUGCAGUCUGGUUCCCUCAGAAUCCAGAAGCUGCGGAAAGAGGAUGAGAACGUGUACUUCUGCCGAGUCCAGCUGAAGACACAGAGGGAAGGCACAAAGAUGUGGCAGUCCAUCCAGGGGACCAGAGUCAGCAUCACCCCCGCUGCUAAGACCACUACGCCGGGACCCACCAGUGUGACCUCUGAAACUACCACAUCUGGUCUCCAGUUCACAAGAGAAAAAGGGAACUCAGAGCCUCAGCCCCUGAGUCUUGGAGCAAUAGUGGGGGUGACAGUGGCUGCCGCUGUGGCACUCAUAACCAUGACUGUGGGACUGGUGGUCUUCUUUGGGUGGCAGAGAAAGAAAGGUCAGCAAACUAAAGCCCAAAGCCCUGCCAGGGAACUUGUCAAAAACAAUGAGACCUAUGAGAAUGCUGGGUAUUCAGAAAAACCUAAAGAUGCCCAGAUGAACCCCAAGAAUGACAUCGUCUAUGCCUCCCUCAACCUCUCCAACUUGACCUCGCCAAAAGCACCUGCCUGCCCAGCUUCCCACAAGAAGCACCAAGAAGAGACACUGUACAGUGUCCUAAAGACCUAAUGAGUGGGCCCGAAUGGCAACAAUGGGAAUGAUCACAGCUUCCAAACAUAGCUAAGCCAGCUCAGAAGUCAGCAGGUUUGAAGGCCAGAAAGGAAUUGAAAAGACCAUCUACACUAGUUACCAGCUUCCGUGCCCUUGCCCAGAAAUAGAAAAUGAUCCACAAAAUUUGUCUGAUUGCAUCUAAAGAGGAAACCAAGGUCAACUUCAACUUCUGCUUCUCCACCACAUAAAUUUUAAUAGACAGCUUAUAUCUAAGGCCCCUGCCGUAUUUUUUUUCAGUGACUGCCUCAAUACAGGGAGCACAAAUCCCCAAAUACUGGUAGCAGCUAUUAUGGUCUAGAUCUAAAAUGAACUCCCAUUUUCUCAUGUGUGGAAAAGGAUCACAAGGGUGCUGUACUCAGUGGAUUCAGCCAUGGAUGAGGAGCUAAAUGCGCUGUUAAAAAAUGGGGCCUGAUUGGAGGUGGUCAUGGGGAGCAUGAACUGAAAACAUGUAUUCCUGUCCCUAGCAGGACCCUCCUUCUCUGCUUCCUGGCUCCCAUGCACUGGUACCUUUUCUCCCACCAUGUCUUUCCACCAUCCUACUUUUGCCUUAGACCUUGCUGACUGCAGACUGGAACCAUAAGCCAAAAUAAACUUUUCCUCCCUUAAA